CUCGCGCGAAAAGUCGUACAGUAUUACAGCAUGGUUUCCUAGUGGGCAGCGCAGAGGGCAAGAAGCUUACUUGCGUUUUGUAGGUUUGCGUUGCUCCCUAUGAUCCUUUGCAUCCAUACGUAAACCCGUCAGGCCACCGACUCACAAAUUAGUGUUGCUUUGCCAUUAUAAGCAUACCCUGCUACUCCCCUAGUACUGUUAUUUACUACGCCAUGUUAGCCCCUUAAACAAAAUAGAUCGGGGCCCCACUCAAUAGCACAUUGAAGUGCAAGCCUGCAGUGUAAUUAGCUGUGUACCCUGCCGGCUGUUGAGGGAUUCUGCAGCUAAGGCGCUAGGCUGCUGGCACUGGUGUCAUGGCGCACCAGCUGUCCGGCUACGUGCAGGAGCUGUCGACCGCGCUAAAGCGUCGGGAUGGCCGCCGCGCAGCCGAGCUGCUAUCCCUUUCCUCCCCAGCCGGCCUCAUAGCCCACCAACUAGCCGCACAGGGCCGGCCGGUUCCCUCCGGCCCGCUGUCCGCACUUCCCGAUCCAUGGGCCGACAUUGCGGGUGCACUGCUGCGCUGCCUGGUUGCCCAAAACAACGGAGAGCGGGCGCUGGCCUGCAAGGAGUACCGAGAGGGCUGCGCGGCGGCGCUCGCCUCGCUGCUUAACGCGGACAAGGGCACGGAGAGCGAGUGGCUGAUCCCGCUUGCGCUGGGAGCGGCGGAGCAGCUGAAGCAGCUGAGCCAGCUGGCGGAUGAGGAGCUGGCCAGGAGGGGGGCGGCGGCCAGCCAGCUCUCCGAAUGCGCCAUCAGCCUGCAAAACUUCUUCCGGGGUCUGGCCACCUCCAAGUCCUCACAGGCCAAGAAGGACGCGAGUGUGGCGGUGGUGUGUGUCAUGAUGAAGGUCUACUUCCGGCUGAACGCUAUCAACAACUGCAAGCAGCCGCUGCAGCAGAUCGAGCUGAACCGCCUGUUUGACAACGCCAAGCAGGCGCACAAGGUCACACUCAGGUACUACACCGGCCGGCUGGCUGCCUACGAUGAGGACUUCCAGCGCGCGGACGAGCACCUGAGCUACGCCUUCGAGCACUGCGCCGCCAGCCAGACGAACAACGUGCGGCGCGUGCUCAGAUACCUGGUGCCGGUGAAGAUGCUGCUGGGCGUGCUGCCCUCCGCUGCGCUGCUUCGGCAGUACGGCCUGCCCGAGUACGAACCCGUACGACAGGCGGUGGCGGAGGGCAACCUGGCGCUGCUGCUGGCGACACUGGAGGAAAACCAGAUCCGCUUCAUCCAGAGCGGCACCUACCUGCUGCUGGAGCGGCUGCAGCUGCUGGUGCUGCGGAGGCUGCUGAGGAGGGUGGCGGCGGUGCAUGCGCAGCUGAACCCCGGCAAGGCCCACCAGGUGCCGCUGGCGCUGCUGGAGGCGGCUCUGGCGCUGCAGGGCAUCUCCAAGGACCCCCUGGAGCUGCAGUGCCUGCUGGCCAACCUCAUCUUCCGCCGCUACGUCAAGGGCUACCUCGCGUACAAGAGCCGCGUGCUGGUGCUGGCCAAGAGCGACGCCUUCCCGCAGCUGUCAGCCGUGCAGCUGGCGGACCCGCUGGCCACGUGACGGGUUCCGUAAUUCAAAUUUUGAAAACGAGCAAUUGAGGAAAAUUGACGCCUCCCGUUCCCUUAGGGAUGAUGAAAGAGGAAGUAUAAUUGUGGUUACACGAUGGUAAGAUGCAAGCGUUGAGGUUGGGGUCCGGGGCAGUGGGAAGGAGGAUUCGCGGCAGGGUGGAUUAGGGAGGAUGCCCAGCCAGGCUUGCUACUUGCUGGAAGCAGACAUGUGGGGGAGGAAGGAUACAUAUGAUGCUUUCUAGCUUUCCGGGGUAGAGUUGUUGGGGCGAGGUAGCCAACCGCGAGUAGGGCUCUAACGGUAUAAUCUGCUUGUUCUUGGUGCACCCUGCCUCCUUGUGUAAACUUGCAAUCUGGCUUCCGUUGUGAUAACGCG